ACUUGGCGGUUUCAGUCCUAAAUUGGCUAGGUGAACCCUAAAAUGCCCCCAAAGAAGCGUGAAAAAGAUAGUGAAACAAACAAAAACUCUAAAAUUGAUCAUUUCCAGGCUGACCAUGAGUUAUUCCUGCAAGCUUUCGAAAAACCAACACAGAUAUACAGAUUCUUGCGGACGCGAAAUAUGCUGUCGCCAAUAUUUCUCAAUAGGACUUUGUCUUAUAUGAAGCGGAGAAUGUCUCGGACCAACAAGAAUCGAGUCGGUUUUAAAGUGGACUCAUUGUUAGAGAAAAUAACUUUGAAGAAGAGUACUGAGCUACAGCCUAAUAGUCUGGGUGGUUAUAUGACAUUAACAUUCCUUGGCUUUUAUGACAAAAGCUUGGAUGAGCCGUGCACCAGAGACUUCCAGGUUAAAGUUGAAACUCUUUUAUUAAAAAUUUGUCACAAAAAGAGGAAAGAAAGCUCUUCAGCCAUAGUGGAGGUUUCGGUGGGCAGUUGUUCUGUACCCCUCAACCCAUCAUCAUCUGAGCCACCAGCGAUGGCAUCAGCUGUCAGCAUCUCUAGUGACACAUUCAGCCCAUCUCAUGGCCCUAAUGUCAAGUCCUACAUGUUAAUGUUAAGGGUGACUGUCACUAAAGCAUCUUCUAGUUCGAAUGGGGCUAGCUCUACAGAAAUCACGAAUGGUGAUGAUGAACCUCUAUCAAAGCGUCUCAAAUCAUCAACAGACCUAAACUCAUCCAAUACAGAUACAAAAUGGAGCAAGCUUUAUGGUAGUGAAUUAAUAGUCUAUGACAAGCAUAACCGUUGCCUCCUAACUAACGGUGAAUACGAUCUAGUAUUACAUGAUGUAACACCUGGAGGGCGAAGCGCUACUAUAGCUAGGUCGCCCCAUAAGGCUCUGAUGGCUCAAUGGGAAACUAUACCUAUUGAAAAUGAUCUUACAUCAGAGACUAAUCCGUUCAACAUAUUCAAAGUGAGGCCGCUGUUAAAGUUGAAACUAAGUUGGAGCCAAGAACCAACUAAUGGGUUAGUGAACAGACCAAAGUUGUAUCAGCAAGGGGAGACCAAUGGUAUCAAGAAGGACACAAAUUCUGCCAAAGAUAGACUUUCUACUCAGAAAAUUUCCACUAUUGAUAGAAAUGUUUCAGAUAAAACAAAAUCGGAGACAAGAGAGGGCGAGUCGAAACGCCAACAGAUUAUAUACCAGUUCCUAUACAACAACAAUUCCAGACAACAGACUGAAGCGUGCGAUGAUCUACAUUGUCCUUGGUGCUCCCUAGACUGCGGCACUCUAUACUCUCUGCUCAAACACCUCAAGCUGUGCCAUUCGCGAUUCAACUUUACAUAUUUUCCAAUCCCGGGAGGUGCCCGCAUAGACGUUUCAAUAAACGAACUCUACGACGGAUCUUACACCGGGUCCCCCCACGAUCUGAUAGCAGCACAGGGCCGCAGUAGUGCAGCAGGGCCUCGAGCUGGGCCCACGAGGAGGGCCUCGUUAACUCAUUUACUAGUUUGGAGGCCUCGGAUCCGACGAAGACCUCAGAGGCACAGCUUAGCUGAGUUUCUUGAGUUGGAUGACAACGAUAUUGUGGAUGCACAGAGGCCUUAUCUCACUGGUCAUAAUAGGCUCUAUCAUCACACAAUAUCCUGCCUGCCAGUCUAUCCCAAUGAAUUGGACAUCGACUCUGAGAGUGAAACGGACCCGUUGUGGCUGCAGCAAAAAACUAUGAUGAUGAUCGACGAGUUCACAGAUGUCAACGAAGGAGAAAAGGAGCUUAUGAAAAUGUGGAAUUUACACGUCAUGAAGUACAACUAUGUUGGGGACUGCCAAAUACCGCUGGCCUGCCAAAUGUUCCUACAGAUGAAGGGGAAGGAACUUCUAGAGAAGAAUUUGUAUAGGAAUUUUACACUCCACAUGUGUUCAUUACAUGAUUUUGGACUGCUUAGUCCGGUAGCUUUAUAUCAAACUGUGCAAAUGCUCAAUCAAAUGUUAGCAGAUAGCGCUGAUGCCAAAGAAAAGAUGAGGGACUCUUUAAAAGCUCAACGGGAACAUUGGAAUUCGGUUGGGAAAUAUCAACAACCAGUUGUUAUAGAACCUAAACCUAUAGCUGCUACGGCUAAACUGAACAACGUUGAAGCUUCACCAUCCGUAAGGAGAAAAACGUCAAAUCUCCAAAACGCCAAUAGAAUGGCAAGCGCUAGUUCUAAUUUCAAAUCAGCCAGUCCCGCACCAAUCGGGGAGAAUAAAAGGAAAAUGUCUUCAGGUAGUAUACUGAGUAGAAAAAGAUCUUCUAUAUCGGAAAGAAAAAGCUCUGUAUAGCGUUUAAUCAGUAUUUAAAUGGACUGGUCUCCCAACGCUGGCAUUGCAGCACGCCGCAAGUACACGUUUUCAUCGGUACUUAAGUUGAAAAUUCAAACGUCGCCAGUAAAAGAAUAAUAGAAAUAAAUGAUGACUUGAUAACUUAAAACAGUCUUAUAUAGAAACAGCUGAACUCACGUGGGUUUUUGUCGGAGUAUGCCCGACUAGUUUGAAGCCCAUUCGGGUUUCUCAUUCAUGAGCUUGUCCGCACGACGCGGAACACAAUAAACUGGUCGGUUAUACCUAUGUUCAGCCGUUUCAACCGUUUCGCUUAGGGACUUUUUUUCGUCUUACAACGCAGUUUAAAUAUCCGGUAUAAAAAAAAUACUAUAAGAGUAUAAAGAUAUACUUUAUACUGCAAUAAUUCAGUCAAUUAAAAAUCACUUUAUAGUACUGCACUGCUUAUUCAAAUGUAAUUCGCUGGUUCAAAACUUAACAUUCAAUGUUGUGCUGAAGCUGAACGCAUUUUGAAUAUUGCCUGCCAUGUAGGACGAUAAAAAUGCCACCAAAGCAUAUAUUUAAAUAAGAUGAAUACUGUUUGUAAAAUACUUUCGGUAUGUGCUGUGAUGGCUUAGCUCGAAAUUGAGGCUUCGAGAACUGAGAUAUUUUCAGGUAACUCGUAAUGUUAGACUAAGACUGACCUUCCACCUGAGAUGUGUUUGAAUUGUGAGGUAAGCGAAUGAAUUCUUCUUCAAUAGGCUAAUGUCAGUAGCUUAACUAAUUUUUUGGUAGUUUUCCCAUUAGAACUACGCUAACAAGCCUAAUAUCUGGAAGUCUGUGGCCACACACAAACACACAUGCAAAUACACACACACACACACCCACACACACGUUUUUGUCAGCAUGCUAUCCUUACCUAUACUAUACUAUAAGAGAACUCAACACACCAUUAUAUACUUUCCUUCGUUAAAGUGCACUAGAAAUUAUUCCUAUGAUCUAACCAAUGUUUGGGAAGGCACUAGGCCCUAAGAUACGGGCUUUCCUAAGAAUUAUAGUACAGGAUGUU